GCGUGGUGGCUCAUGCCAGCACUUUGGGAGGCUGACACAGAAGGACUACUUGAGCUCAGGAGUUGUGUGCGCUGCUUCACCUGUAGCAAGACUGUGGGCAACACGUGGGAGGCCUACCUGGGGCUGCUGCAGGCCAGGUACACUGAUGGGGACGCCCUGGGCCUGAAGCACUACAGCCGCUGCUGCAUGCUGCUGGCCCACGUGGACCUGAUCCAGAAGCUGCUCAAUUAUGCCCUCCUGGGGAAGUGACCUCGCUGGACCCACCCACCUGCCGUGCUGACCAUGGGCAGUUGCUGUCUUGCCCUGAGUUCACUAAACUGAGAUGUCAGGGUCCCAGGAGCAAUUGCUGACCAUACUGGGUGGAUGCAUGUACCUCACUCUGGAAGGGACCAUCCAGUAAG